AUGGGGAAAGUCCUGUCAAAGAUUUUCGGCAACAAGGAAAUGCGGAUAUUGAUGCUCGGACUUGAUGCGGCCGGGAAAACGACCAUCCUCUACAAGCUAAAACUGGGACAGUCCGUUACUACCAUACCUACUGUGGGAUUCAACGUCGAAACUGUCACGUAUAAGAAUGUAAAGUUUAAUGUCUGGGAUGUGGGCGGCCAAGAUAAGAUCAGGCCUCUUUGGAGACAUUACUAUACCGGCACGCAGGGUCUCAUCUUUGUGGUAGAUUGCGCUGACAGAGAUCGAAUCGACGAGGCCAGGCAAGAGCUCCACCGAAUCAUUAACGACAGAGAGAUGAGAGACGCCAUCAUUCUCAUCUUCGCCAACAAGCAGGACCUUCCCGACGCCAUGAAGCCGCACGAGAUCCAGGAGAAACUCGGCCUGACGCGCAUCCGGGACAGGAAUUGGUACGUCCAGCCUUCGUGCGCCAACACCGGAGACGGACUGUAUGAGGGACUCACCUGGCUUACCUCAAACUACAAAUCUUAA